AGGUGGGCCGGCUGUCGCACGGGCGCUGGCUGGCGAUGGGCACCAGCGGGCUGCGCGGCGAGGAGAUGCGCGCAGUGCUGCACGCCGUCACCCGCUCGAGCGCGUCGGGCGUCGCGGUGGCCUCCUUCGUCGAGCAACUGCGGCACAAGAUUGAGGCGUUGCCACCUUCGCCGCCGCCGCCACCGCCGCCGCAGCCGCCGCCGCCGCCGCCGCCGCAGCCGCAGCUGCCGCCGCCGCCGCCGCAGCCGCAGCCGCUGACCACUGCUGCCGCACCGACCGGAGCGGGGCAGCCACUUGACGCUUGGGGGGCCUAUUGCAUGUGCGCGUCUCAGCCACCCCAAACGUCUAUGCCGCCUCCCUCGCAGCCGCCGCCCCCCGCCCUCCUCGCGCCGCCACGACCCUCCCCGUCCCGCCUGAGUAGCAUGCCGCCGCCGUUGCCGAGAUCAUCGCCGGCUUCAUCUCCGGGUCCGGGCGCGGCUGGCGGCAGCGGUGCCCGUUCCUGCAGCAGCGCCAUGCUGGAGGCCAUCCGUGCCAACCCGAGGGGAAGGCUCCGAGCCGUCGCCAAAUCAAAGCCGCUGCCGUGAUUGGGCGUGUUGUGCCCGGUGUCUGUACAUUACAUAGCGCCUCCCUCUCCCCUUUCUCCCAGUAAGCUAAAAGUACGUAC